UGACAACACUGUCGAUUCAAUUUUAAAUCAGUUCCUAAAAGUUGGUCAAAGUAAAAAACAACAAGGAACAACACUGUGGGGAAAACCCUUUGAUGUAAAAAUAACUACACUUGAUAUGAAAAAUUUACCAGAAAGACAAAAAACACUUGGAGGUCGAAAAAACGCUACUACACAUCACCGAAUUAAUAAUCAAUGUUUGAUUAAGAUCAAUAACAUUGACGGCAAAAAUCAUUGCCUUUUCUUUGCAUUACAAGCAACUCUUGUUAGCAACAUAGGAGAACUUUCCCGCUCCCAAUUUUACAAUUACUUACAUGGUCGUUAUGGAUCUAGAAAUAAAUUUAAGAAGGAAACCUACGAGUUAAUUAAAGAAGUUGGAGCUACAUUUGGUUUAAAAGAAUAUGCGGCAGAGGACUGGGUUGGUCCAGUUGUUGAUUAUUGGAACAACAAAUAUAAUGGAAAAUUUACAUUCAAAAAAUUUAUGAUACGCCGAUAA